UUCCAAAAGAAGCCGUUGAUCCCAAGGCUGAAAAGAACCACCGCUCUAAGGCCGUUGGGCGGGACAGCUGGGAGGCUGGCUUCUCUGGAAUGGGGCCAGCCCCACCGGCCUGGUGAAUUUCCAAAGGAUGUGACUUGCAGAGUGUCCCCAGGUUUCUAACUCCCUGUUCGCAGGCUCCGGCCUGGGCGAAUGUGGCCAGCCGCUGGGCACUGGGCUGCAUCGGGCCACCUGCACUGGGGGAAAUGGACCCAGCUGGGGCUGCCUCUGCCUUUGCUGAUAACCAGCCUGAUUCUGCGUGCCCUGGAGGAGAAGAUCCCAGCAUGCCUUCCGAGACACCCCAAGCAGAAACGGGGUCCGAAGGGUGCCCCCACCUCUCAGGGGCACACCUAGGGAAAGGGAGCCUGGAGAAGGGACCUCCGGGGGACAAGGAAGCCAAGGAGCGCCUGUGGAUCCGUCCCGAUGCCCCAAGCAAGUGUUCCUGGCAGCUGGGCAGGCCGGUCACUGACUCCCCUCAUCACCACACUGUCUUGACCAAAUCCCCCCAAAUCUUGCCCGACAUCCUGAAGAAAAUCGGGGACACCCCCAUGGUGAGAAUCAAUAAGAUCGGAAAGAAAUUUGGCCUCAAGUGCGAGCUCUUGGCCAAGUGUGAGUUCUUCAACGCGGGCGGGAGCGUGAAGGACCGUAUCAGCCUGCGCAUGAUUGAGGACGCCGAGCGGGCCGGGACCCUGAAGCCCGGGGACACCAUCAUUGAGCCGACGUCCGGGAACACAGGGAUCGGGCUGGCCCUGGCUGCCGCCGUGAAGGGUUACCGCUGCGUCAUCGUGAUGCCGGAGAAGAUGAGCACGGAGAAGGUGGAUGUGUUGCGGGCCCUGGGGGCCGAGAUUGUGAGGACGCCCACCACGGCCAGAUUUGACUCCCCGGAGUCCCACGUGGGGGUGGCCUGGAGGCUACGGAACGAGAUCCCCAAUUCUCACAUCCUGGACCAGUACCGCAACGCCAGCAACCCCCUCGCUCACUACGACACCACCGCCGAGGAGAUCCUGCAGCAGUGUGACGGGAAGUUGGACAUGUUGGUGGCUUCGGCGGGCACGGGUGGCACCAUCACGGGCGUCGCCAGGAAGCUGAAGGAGAAAUGCCCAGGGUGCAAAAUCAUCGGGGUGGAUCCCGAGGGUUCCAUCCUCGCAGAGCCCGAGGAGCUGAACCAGUCGGAGCAGACGGUCUACGAGGUGGAAGGGAUCGGCUACGACUUCAUCCCCACGGUGCUGGACCGGACGGUGGUGGACAAGUGGUUCAAGAGCAACGAUGAGGAGGCCUUUGCCUUCGCCCGGAUGCUGAUUGCACAGGAGGGGCUGCUGUGCGGUGGCAGCGCCGGCAGCGCCAUGUCGGUGGCCGUGAAGGCUGCCCGGGAGCUGCAGGAGGGCCAGCGCUGCGUGGUGAUUCUGCCGGACUCGGUGCGCAACUACAUGUCCAAAUUCCUGAGUGACAAAUGGAUGAUGCAGAAGGGCUUCCUGAAGGAGGAGGACUUCACCGUGACAAAGCCGUGGUGGUGGCACCUGCGAGUUCAGGAGCUGAGCCUGUCGGCCCCGCUGACGGUGCUGCCCACGGUCACCUGCGAGCACACCAUCGAGAUCCUCCGCGAGAAGGGCUUCGACCAGGUGCCCGUGGUCGACGAAUCAGGGGUGAUCCUGGGGAUGGUGACCCUGGGGAACAUGCUGUCGUCCCUGCUCGCUGGGAAGGUUCAGCCGUCAGACCAAGUUCGAAAAGUCCUCUAUAAGCAGUUCAAACAGAUCCGGCUGACGGACCCGCUGGGCAAGCUGUCGCACAUCCUGGAAAUGGACCACUUCGCCCUGGUGGUUCACGAGCAGAUCCAGUCGCGGGACCUGGCCUUGACGGGCGUGGUGGGGGGGCCCUCAGACCACAGCAACGGCAAGUCCAGUCAGAGGCAGACGGUGUUCGGGGUCGUCACUGCCAUCGACUUGCUGAACUUCGUGGCCACUCGGGAGCGCGACCGGAAGACCAAGUCAGGAAGCACCUCGGAGCCCAGACCUGCGGGGGCCACGGUACAGCUCUGACCGUGCCCACGCCUCGCCGGGGUCCGUGCUCUACCGUUUGUAAACACAGAAUCCACACGCGUGAUUUGUAACUGCCUGACGCUGGGCGUUGUUGUCAGGAGCGGGUAGCAAGCAGCGGGUGUAGGAUGCUUAGCCUGGGGCCAGUGUGGACGCUAGCUUCCCUUUUACUAACACCUGGCCGCCUCGGUGAAUCCGCGUACGGUUUAUUGGAGUAGAUGUGUGUUUCUUUCCCUUUCUUCUAAAACGGCUCAGCAAGAAAAUCUUAUCAAACAGGAUACAGCCAGGUGGGUGAGCCCUCGUGGCAAAUGACCAGAGCAGGGUGG